AUGGGAUGUUUCUUGCUCCCAAAAGGGUUAUGUGAAGACAUUGAGAGAAUGAUGAGAAAUUUCUGGUGGGGACAAAGGCAGCAAGAGUCUAAAAUUGCUUGGGUUGGAUGGUCUAAGAUGUGUAAAUCAAAAAGAGAAGGAGGUAUGGGUUUUAGGGAUCUCAAUGCUUUCAAUUUGGCGAUGUUGGCAAAGCAAGGCUGGCGAAUGUUAGUAGAUCCAUACUCACUGAUGGCUCGCUUAUACAAAGCAAAAUACUUUCCUAAUAGUGAUGUUCUAAGUGCAAAAAUAGGGAGCAACCCAUCCUAUGCUUGGAGAAGCAUACAUCAAAGUCUAGAAGUUUUGAGACAAGGUACAAGGUGGAGAGUUGGAAAUGGGAAGUUGAUUCAUAUCUGGGAUGAUAAGUGGCUGCCAACUCCUUCAACAUACAAGGUUGUUUCUCCACCAAAAGAUUUUGGAGAUUUUCCUAUGGUGUCUGCGCUAAUUGAUACGGACAGAAAAAGUUGGAGGAGGGAUAGACUUGAGAACAUUUUCCUACCCUUUGAGGUGGAAACAAUACUUAACAUCCCUAUUAGUUUUCAUCUUCCUGAAGACUCUAUAAUCUGGAUGGGAAAUAAAAAAGGGUCCUUUUCAGUGAAAAGUGCCUAUUAUGUGGCUAGAAGGAUCCUAGAAAAAGAGGACCAUGGAGAAUCCUCGUUAGGCGAUGUAUGUGCCCCGCUGUGGAAGAGGAUGUGGCAGUUGAAUAUCCCGGAGAAAAUUAGAAUAUUUGCAUGGAGAUUAUGA